AUGGCGGACUCUAGUAUCGAAGGAUUGACAUGCUGGCUCAUCGAUACUCGAACCUUGUGGCCUGGUCAACAAAUCAAGGAUGCUGCCCCUGACGUACUAAGACUUCUUUCUGGGGACGAGCGAGAUGCCGUGCUCCGGAAGAUGUUCAUCGCUGAUGCUCGAAUGUCUCUUGCGUCUGCCCUGUUGAAACGACUCUUUAUAUCCAGAGCAUUAGACAUUCCUUGGCAGGAUGUCAAGAUAGCCCGUAAAGGAGAUCCUAAGCAUGGGAAACCAUGCGCUGUCUUACCGACUGGGUCGUUCGCUGACAUUGACUUCAACAUCUCUCAUCAAGCCGGUCUGGUUUCUUUAGUGGGCUGGAAACCACCAACAGGUCAAUCACACUCUGCUCUUGUAGGAGCCGAUAUCGUAUGCGUCAAUGAACGCGACGACUACCGCACUAUCGAUGCAGAAGGCUUCGAUGCAUGGAUAGACAUCUACGAGGACAUCUUCUCCGAGGCUGAACGUUGGGACAUGAAGUAUAAUGUUGACUACGUUACCCUACUGGAUGGUAGGAUAGUAAAGGGCAGAGAUCUCGGUCGACUUGACCGCGGCAUACAACGGAAUAAGGAUCUGGCAAUUACCCUCAACACUGGCGUGAAAUGUUCUUUCAAUAGCGACCUCUUGGUUGACGCGAAGCUGCGCCGCUUCUACAGCUUCUUUUGCUACAAGGAAGCAUACAUCAAGCUCGCUGGUGAGGCCCUACUCGCACCAUGGUUGAAGGAAUUAGAGUUUCAGAAUGUCAAAAGUCCAAAGCCGGGAACAGUUGCCAGAUGUUCUACGCAUGGUACAUGGGGAGAAAAGGUCAGCGACGUUGAAGUCAUCUUGCAUGGCUCAAAGGUUGAAGAUGUCAAGAUGACCCUUCAAGCGUUCGAGGAGAAAUUCAUGCUAGCUACGGCUGUACAAGGAUUACAAGACAUGGAGGCGCCGCCAUUUACAAAGCUGGACCUGGAGAACGAUGUCCUUGCGUUUGCGGCUCUGGUUUGA